CUGGGGCCCCAAGCUUCCCCGAGGGGUCGAUGGUUCCGAGCCGAUUUGGAGCCGCGGGCUCCGACUGCGCCUGUGACCCACAGCGAUUCCUGAAUGAUGGAUGGGUGCCUGUCCAGACCGCUGCUCCGGCUCCGGCUUGAAGAAUUAAGAACAGGGUUUGGUGCCAGUUGGCUCAAGCACCAGCUUCUCGCUCUGCUUAGCCCUUUUUUUUUUUUUUUUUUCUGCUUAGCUCUUAAAUUUGAAUGUGAACGACUCUAGGAUAGAAAGUUUGGUCUGUUGCUGAAUCUUAGCGUCCUUCAUCUUCCCCCAUCUCCCAUCCCCAGUAUCUAAUACGUGUUUCUCACCCUUAGAAUAAUCCAGAAUGGCUACUCUGAUCUUUGUUGAUAAGGAAAAUGGAGACCCAGGCACCCGGGUGGCUCCCAAGGAUGGGUUGAAGCUGGGCUCUGGGCCUUUUAAGGCCUUAGAUGGGAGAUCUCAGGUUUUAACACCACGUGUUGGCAAAAUUUUCGAUGCUCCACCUGCUUUACCUAAAGCUACCAGAAAGGCUUUAGGAACUGUCAACAGAGCUACAGAAAAGUCAGUAAAGACUAAUGGACCCCCCAAGCAAAAACAACCAACCUUCUCUGCAAGAAAGAUGACUGAGAAGACUGUGAAAGCAACACUCUCUGUUCCUGCCUCAGAUGAUACCUAUCCAGAAAUAGAAAAAUUCUUUCCCUUCAAUCCACUAGAUUUUGAGAGUUUCGACCUGCCUGAAGAGCACCAGAUUGCACAUCUCCCCUUGAAUGGAGUGCCUCUCAUGAUCCUUGAUGAAGAGAGAGAACUUGAAAAGCUGUUACAGCUGGGCCCCCCUUCACCUAUGAAGAUGCCUUCUCCACCCUGGGAAUCUGAUUUGUUGCAGUCUCCUUCAAGCAUUCUGUCCACCCUGGAUGUUGAGUUGCCACCUGUUUGUCAUGACCUAGAUAUUUAAAUUUCUUACUGCUGUACAGUUUGCGUGUUUGUGUUAAUAAAGCAUUUCUUUGGUUACUAGA